AUGAGCGACAGAAGAAAAAUAAAAUUAAUACUUGAACGCGAAUUUGGUGCACAUAGAAGGCAAAAAAUUCAGAAAAAUCUUCCUCAUUUGCUUCAUCAUCGUGAAAUUUAUGGCGAUUCUCGAAUCGUCACAAAAGUGAUUUGUGCAAUAUCAUUGGCAGAUCUCGAUCAUAAUGUUGAAUUUUAUAUUGAAGGUACCAAAAAGCAAUUCGAUUUAUCCAGAGUUGCUGUCUUCUUAGGUAUUUCACCUGACUCUAGAUAUAUCCUGGCUAUAAUAUCGGAGUCUAGAAAUAGAGGUUUAUUUACGAGACGUGAAGGAGAAAACGAUAGCAGAAUUUUCUUAAUUAAUGAAGUUGCUAAUUAUCGAUUGCAUGCGUCAUUUUAUUCGGUUCAUUCUUAUCCUUCGAAUGCAACAAAAGUUUCCGCUGUAUUUGCUUGCGAUUCUUCAUUUGUUGCAACUAUUUCAUUUAAUGAUGGUGCAGUUCGUGCAGGAAUUCGUGAACCCAUUACGGUUAUAGCUCAUAUUAGCAUUAUUUCCUUCAAGCUAUUUGUACAAAGGUUGAAUGCAGGAAUAGUCGUCAAUGGCGGUGAAAUAGUUUCAGCGUCAUUAUUUCUCAGGGAAAUCAUAUCAAUAAAUCUUUUUCCGUUCGUAUAUCGAAGAGAAGUUUCAUCUUUCAUUCCUUCAUUUCAAAAUAUUACAAUAAGGGAAGCAAGUGCUAUGUAUCCGGCAAGAACUUACUCACUUUUAAGCGAUUGUGAUUCGGAUAAAUUUAGUUAUGACGGUUCUCAAGAACCAUUAUUCCUUCUUACUACCCAUAUACAUAUUGAGCAAAUAAUUUAUUCUAUAUUGGAUAAAGAAGAAACACGUGAAAACCGUAACCUUAAGUUCAUAAGACUUCUUGAUUAUGAGGUUGAUAUUGUUGAUGCGAUUUCGUCACGAGUAUUUAUUCUCGUAAGAUCUCUUAUUAUAUGUGCAAUGAACAAAGAUGAUCCGUUGGGAAAGAAAUGUGAAUGUCGUUUUGAAAUUAACUGGGAUGUUCUAAAUGGAGUAUAUGAAACUCACUGGAUAGGACUUCAGUUUUUGGAUGGAAUUAAUACAACUUGGUUGCCAAAAAUUCUUGAUUUAUCUGAAAAUAUAAAACAAUCCAAAUUAUUUACCGACCUCGAAAAUUGUGUAAGUGUACGGAGUAUUGGUGAUCAUGAAACUGCAUUACGGAUUUUUAUUCCACGCUCUCCAUUUCAAUCAAUUCUACAUUAA